AUGAGGUUGAUAGGAUUCCCUGAAAGAUUUAUAACUUGGGUGAUGGAAUGUGUUAAAACAGUGGACUAUACUAUUAUGGUGAAUGGAGAGCCAACUGAUCCGUUCAAUGUUGAGAAGGGACUUAGACAAGGGGAUCCUAUGUCUCCAUUUCUAUUUGCAAUUGCAAUGGAGUACCUAAGUCGAACCUUAAAGGAAAUGGCAGAGAGGAAGCAAUGCCUCAGGAUUGCAAGCAAACAUAGGGAAAAUUUUCAUUUAUUUUGGAGGGGUGGGACAACAAGACCAAGAGCAGAUACUGCAAACACUGGGAUUUACAAGAGGAAUUUCAAAUACCUGGGAGCUCCACUGUCAACUAGGAAGCUAACAAUGAUACAAUGGAAGCCCCUCAUUGAGAAGAUUGUAGCAAGAACCACUUCAUGGACAGCCAAAAAACUGUCAUAUGCAGGAAGAAGUCAAUUGAUAAGUAGUGUUUUGUUUGGAGUCCAGUCCUAUUGGGCCCAACUGUUCAUAUUGCCAACAAAGGUGAUGAAAUCUGUGAAAAGUUUUUGUAGAAGCUAUCUUUGGACAGGUAACAAUGUCAUUACAAAGAAAGCACUCAUCAGUUGGGAAGGAGUUUGCUGUCCUAAAAGCAGUGCAAGAUGGAACCUCAUUAAUAUGAGAAUCUGGAACAAGGCAGCCAUAAUCAAACUGUACCGGAAUUUGGCAAAGAAAGAGAAUAGGAUGUGGAUAAGGUGGAUUCAUGCAUACUAUAUAAAAGGACAACAGAUGGAGCAAGUGAAAGUUCCACAACAAGCAAGUUGGAUGGUGAGAAAAAUAAUAGAAGCCAAACAUCUACUAGAACAGAACAAUGUACAUAUCUGCAGGGAGAAAGGGUUCAUUAAACAUAUAUACCUUCAGCUACUAGGUGAUCAACCAAGAAUGCAAUGGAAGUGUUUGAUGUUUGGGAAUGCAACAAGGCCAAAAGCUAAGUUCACUGUGUGGUUGCAAAUGCAGAAUAUGCUACUAACUGCUGACAGGUUGAACAAAUGA